ACAACUUGGAUCAGCAGAUCGGCAUCCGGCAGCAGUUGAUCUUUUCUUUUUUUUUUUGGUCAGUUUGUUAUCUAUUGGCAGAAAAAAAAUAAUUUAUUUUGUUUUUUAUAAACUCAACCCUUUCUUUUCAUAAUAUACAAUUGAGUAUUAGUGUGUUGAAUAAAAUAACGGUAAUAAAUAAAUUAUUUAUCAUCAAAUUGAGCGUUAGUUAGCUUCGGCUCACUUUGGCUUGUCAUUGCUCUGAUUGACUCUCAUCAAGAAUUUCAAGAUGAUUCUCAUGAAGGUGUUGUUUACUUUCUUGUUUGUUGGAAUUGUAAGUGCUUAUGGAAAAAGUGUAUCAGCUCCAACUUUUAGUCCAGCUUAUGUUGCAAAAGGAACAUUAUUUAUUCCUUAUGCUGAAAUACGUGAACCUUUUUAUGUCUGGUUCGACAGUAACUCAGGCUCAUCUAGAAUUGAUUACUAUGGAGGAAUGGUAAAAACUUAUCAACUCUCUAAUGAUGGCUCACAUGGUUCAAGUAUUAAAAUAAUACCACUUACAACUGAGAAAUAUACAAACAAGGAAACUUGUUUGAAAGUUGAAGGAAAUUCAGAAAUGGCUAUUAAACCACAAACAAUACUUCCUGAUACACAUGGCAUGGAGUGUAUUGGUGAAGAAAUGGUUAAUGGUCAACAAUGUGAAAAAUGGCGUUUGAAUCAAGUAAUUGGUGACAAAGAGAAUAAAUAUACACUCUGGAUAAGUUAUAAAAAAAAUAAAUUAACUGGUGUUAAACAACCAAUUCCAGUUAAAUAUGAAAUGCGAGGUUUUAAUACACUUCUUGGUUCUCAUUAUGAUCAUUACUAUCUGGAUUAUGACUGGUAUUCAUAUGAGACACCAAGCUCAGAUGUCUUUCAAAUUGCUGACAAUUCAACUUGUACAGGUUUUCCAGGUCCUGGUGAUCGUCAUUUAUAUACUUUUAAUCCAAUGGCAGAAUUUGUUCACAAUGUUGAUAAACACGUUGAUAAUGAAUUUAAUUAUUUUAAAAAAACUCAUAAAAAAAUUUAUACAAAUACAACAGAGCAUCAUCGUCGUAGAGAAAAUUUCCGUCAAAAUUUACGUUUUAUUCAUUCAAUGAAUCGUGCUAAUUUGGGUUAUCAGUUGGACAUUAAUCAUCUUGCUGAUUUAAAUGAUUUAGAAUUAAAAGCAUUACGUGGUAAACAAUAUACUGAUGUUGAUGAUAAUGGUGGUAUGAAAUUUCCAUAUACUGCUGAUGAUAUUAAAAAUUUAAAAAGCUCAAUACCAACAAGCUUUGAUUGGAGAUUAUAUGGAGCUGUUACACCAGUUAAAGAUCAAUCUGUUUGUGGUUCAUGUUGGAGUUUUGGUACAACUGGUGCUGUUGAAGGUGCAUAUUUUCUAAAGUAUCAUAAAUUACUUAGAUUAUCACAACAAGCAUUGAUUGAUUGUUCAUAUGGAUUUGAAAAUAACGGCUGUGAUGGUGGAGAGGAUUUUCGUGCUUAUCAGUGGAUAAUGGCACAUGGUAUACCAACUGAAGACGAGUAUGGUGGUUAUAUUGGUCAGGAUGGUUAUUGUCAUGCAAAUAAUGUUACAAUGGCUGCACAUAUGACUGGUUUUGUUAAUGUUGAUAGGAAUAAUGUUGAUGCAUUAAAAGUUGCCAUCGCUAAACAUGGUCCAAUAUCAAUUGCUAUUGAUGCAUCUCAUAAAACAUUUUCAUUCUAUUCAAAUGGUGUUUAUUUCGAAAAAGAUUGUGGAAAUACUGAGGAUACUCUGGAUCAUGCUGUUCUUGCUGUUGGCUAUGGUGAGAUGAAUGGUCAAGGCUACUGGCUUGUUAAAAAUUCUUGGUCCAAUCUGUGGGGCAACUCGGGCUAUGUAUUAAUGGCACAAAAAGACAACAAUUGUGGAGUUACAUGUGCACCAACUUAUCCUGUGAUGGCUUAAUUUUGUCAAUUUUUUUUUCAAAUCCGGUAUUGAUAUCUUAAAUAUAUACUGGAUAAUUUAAAUAUAUAUUUUUUCGAAAUAUUUUCAGUAAUUGGAUUUAAAAAUUACAUAAUUUAGAUAGUAAUCAUUUUAUAAAAAUAAAAGUUGUUUAGAAAAUAAAUGAGUUAAUUGAAAAAGAAAUUAAAAUUUUAACAAAA